AUGUCCAUGGCCGCGACCGACUCCGUGUUAAUCGAGCAACAACUCGCUGUACAGUCCAUUAGACGAUUCCUCAAGUCAAAGACGUCUUACGACGUCCUUCCAGUCUCCUACAGAUUGAUUGUAAUGGACACGUCGCUGCUAGUCAAAAAAUCGCUUAACAUUCUGCUGCAGAACAACAUUGUGUCUGCGCCGCUUUGGGACUCCAACACCUCAAAGUUUGCGGGUCUACUAACGUCGUCAGAUUUUAUCAACGUCAUCCAGUACUACUUCUCGAAUCCAGACAAAUUUGAGCUUGUGGACAAGUUACAGUUGGAUGGGCUCAAAGACAUCGAGCGCGCUAUUGGAGUUAGACCGCUGGACACCGGUUCUAUUCAUCCCUUUAAGCCUCUUUACGACGCGUGCUGUAAAAUGAUCGAGUCGCGGAGCCGCAGGAUCCCACUGAUUGACCAGGACGAAGAGACGCAUCGCGAAAUUGUCGUCAGUGUUCUGACGCAGUACCGGAUCCUGAAAUUUGUCGCAUUAAACUGCAGAGAAACGCGGCACUUAAGAAGGCCCAUUGGCGAACUCGGUAUCAUCACUGAGGGCAAAUUGCUGAGCUGCAAUAUGCACACGCCCGUCAUUGACGUGAUCCAGCUGCUCACUCAGGGCGGCGUAUCUAGCGUCCCCAUUGUCGACGAGCAAGGUCAUCUGGUAAAUGUUUACGAAGCUGUUGAUGUGCUCGGGCUCAUCAAAGGAGGCAUGUACAACGACCUCUCCCUUAGCGUAGGUGAGGCGCUAAUGAGAAGGCCUGACGACUUUGAAGGCGUGUAUACUUGCACUAAGAACGAUAAACUUUUCACCAUCAUGGACACGAUUAGGAAAUCCAGGGUACAUCGUUUCUUCGUCGUCGACGAGCAGGGCCUUCUAACGGGCGUCCUGACGCUAAGUGACAUACUAAAAUACAUACUCUUUGAGGAGAACUAA